AUGUCAGUGGCACAGGACCACUACAUUGGCAUCGACGUCGGAACAGGCUCAGCCCGAGCUUGUAUCAUUGACUCGACGGGCGAUAUCAAGGCACUCGCGGCCCAAAACAUCAAGCUAUGGACGCCUUCCUCGGGCCUUGAAGGCUCGCAAUACGAACAAUCAACGACAGACAUCUGGAAUGCCAUUUGCAACUGCGUGAAGCAGGUCCUGGCCGAAUCCAAAGUGGACCCGAACUCCGUGAAAGGAAUCGGAUUUGAUGCCACAUGCUCGCUGGCCGUUUUCACCCACGACACAAACGAACCUGUUCCGGUGACCGGUCCGGAUUUCAAGAAUGAUGGCAAUGACAGGAACGUCAUCUUGUGGCUCGACCAUCGCCCUCUGGCGGAAGCGGAGAAGAUCAACAACACCAACCACAACCUACUCCGUUAUGUCGGCGGCAAGAUGAGCGUGGAAAUGGAGAUUCCCAAAGUUCUCUGGCUCAAGAACAACAUGCCGCCCGAGCUGUUUGCCCGCUGCAAGUUCUUCGACUUGACGGAUGCCUUGACCUACAUGGCAACUGGAAAGGAGAUCCGAAGCUUCUGCAGCACUGUGUGUAAGCAGGGGUUCGUGCCUGUGGGCGUCGAUGGUAGCGUAAAGGGAUGGCAAGAAGACUUUUAUGAGACCAUUGGUCUGAGCGACCUCGUGACGGACAACUUCAUCAGGAUGGGCGGAGUUGACGGGGUAAACGGCUCUUGGAUGAGCGCGGGGGAGCUUGUUGGCGGUUUGUCUGAAGAGGCAGGCCAACAGCUCGGCCUACCUGCUGGUAUUGCCAUCGGCAGCGGUGUUAUCGACGCAUACGCUGGGUGGAUUGGGACAGUUGGGGCCAAGGUCAAGCUAUCCCCGGGUCACCGCGACGACAGCGUUGCACCAAACGACGUAUCGCAGGCCUUUACCCGUUUAGCUGCCGUUGCUGGCACAUCAACCUGCCAUCUCGCCAUGUCCAAGGGUCCGGUUUUCGUACCCGGAGUUUGGGGUCCGUACAGGGAUGUUUUGAUCCCGGGCUAUUGGAUGGCUGAGGGAGGUCAGUCGGCCACAGGCGAGCUCAUGAAGCACAUGCUGGAGACGCAUGUCGCAUAUGACGAAACCGUCAAAGAGGCUGAAGCUGCCGGGAAGAACAUUUACGAUUACCUCAACGAACAUCUCAAGGAAAUGGCCAAAAAGACCAACGCGCCGUCCAUAUCAUACCUGGUCCGCCACUUUUUCUUCUAUGGCGACCUUUGGGGCAACCGCUCGCCCAUUGCCGACCCCAACAUGCGUGGAGCCAUCAUUGGCAUGAGCAAUGACAAGAGCAAGGACGGCAUGGCCUUGUUGUACUAUUCCACCAUGGAAUUCAUCGCCCUCCAGACGCGACAGAUUGUCGAGGCCAUGAACACUGCCGGACACACCAUCAAGAGCAUCUUCAUGUCAGGCAGCCAAUGCCAAAACGAGAUUCUGAUGGACCUGAUUGCCACGGCAUGCGACAUGCCUGUCUUGAUCCCUCGUUACGUCAACGCGGCAGUGGUGCACGGGGCGGCCAUGCUGGGAGCGAAAGCGGCCAGUGCCAAGCCGGAUGGCACGACUGAGCCUCUGUGGGACAUUAUGAACCGCAUGAGCAAGCCCGGCAAGACGGUCUGGUCUCGUGGUGAUGCCGCCGAGAAGAAGCUUCUGGAUGCCAAGUACGAGAUCUUCCUUGACCAGGCUAGGACUCAGCAGGAGUAUAGAAAGAAGAUCGAUGCGGCCCUCAAGGGGUCAUCGCUCGAGGGUCAAGAGGCCAACUAA